UGUGUAGUCAUGUCCAGGAUUGCAACCUUCUAUGAAGGCAAGUCCAUCCUCAUCACUGGGGCCACCGGCUUCCUGGGCAAGGUGCUUCUGGAGAAGCUUCUGCGCACGAGCCCUGACCUUCAGAUCAUCUACAUCCUGAUGAGGCCCAAGGCUGGCCAGACACUGCAGCAGAGAGUGAACGAGAUGCUCAGCUGUAAGCUGUUUGAUAAAGUCAGAGAAGCAUGUCCAAAUGUACACGAGAAGAUCCGAGCCAUCUAUGGUGAUCUCAAGCAUCAGGACCUGGGCAUUAGCAAGGAAGACAUGCAGGAACUGCUGUCCAGCACCAACCUCAUCUUCCACUGUGCUGCCACUGUGCGCUUCAAUGACACCCUGAGAAAUGCUGUGCAGCUUAACGUCAUAGCCACACAGCAGCUCCUGCGCAUGGCCAGCCAGAUGCCCAGUCUGGAGGCCUUUGUCCACAUCUCCACAGCCUAUUCCAACUGCAAUCUCAAGCACAUCGAAGAGGUGGUGUACCCAGGCCCCGUGGAGCCCCGACAAAUCAUCGCCUCCAUGGAGUGGUUAGAUGAUGCCAUUAUUGAUGAAAUCACCCCCAAGCUGCUUGGGGUCUGGCCUAACACCUACACUUAUACCAAGGCUCUAGGAGAGGUAGUGGUGCAGACGGAAGGUCGGAACCUCAACAUGGCUAUUGUCAGGCCCUCCAUCGUGGGCGCCACUUGGCAGGAUCCUUUCCCAGGCUGGGUGGAUAACCUGAAUGGACCCAAUGCACUUAUUGUUGCGACUGGGAAAGGGCUGCUCCACGCCAUAAAGGCUUCUCCAAGAGCUGUUGCAGAUUUGAUCCCAGUAGACACCGUGGUCAACCUCAUUUUAUCUGUUGGCUGGUAUACAGCGGUGCAUAGACCAAAAUCAACACGGAUCUACCACUGCACAUCAGGUACCCUCAACCCCUGUAAAUGGGGUGAAAUGGGUAUGCAGAUCAUGGCCAACUUAGAGAAAGUCCCCCUGGAGUCUGCUCUCAUGAUACCCAAAGCCUCUUUCGUCACCACCACCGUGUACAUGGAGUACUGGAAUGCUUUCAGGCACUUUGGUCCUGCAGCAAUUUAUGACCUGUUCCUACGGCUCACAGGCAGGAAGCCCCGGUUCCUGAAUAUCACGAACCGCAUUUUGAAAACAGUUUCUGUGCUGGAGUACUUUGCGACCCAGAGCUGGGAGUGGAGCAUGAACAAUACAGAGAUGCUAUUGGCAGAGCUGGGCCCAGAGGACCAACAGGUGUUUAAUUUUGAUGUGCGCCAACUAGACUGGGUGGAAUACUUCAAAAACUAUGUUCUUGGAGUGAAACAAUACUUACUGAAAGAGGAUAUGUCUAGAAUUCCCAAAGUCAAGGAACACUUGAAAAAGCUCCGGAACAUGCAGUACCUCUUCAACACAGCCCUUGUUCUCCUCACCUGGCGCCUUCUUAUCACUCGCUCUCAGAUAGCGCGAAAUGCCUGGUUCUUCCUUGUGAACUUCUGCUACAAGCUCCUCACCUACUUACGGGAAUCCUAUCCACUCAGAUCUAAGCAGCUCUGACAAUGUCUCCAAUUAAUCUGUCAUCCUGAUACCUCUCCAGCAGCAAACCAAACCAUGGCUGUGCUCAAAAUCAUUAAGUAACAAAAACACCCAAGU